UAAAUAAUGUGAUUUGAACACAGGGGACAAGGUCAAAACACUUCAUAAUCUAAUUGGAUUUAUAUACAAAUUAUAAUUCAACGAAAUAACUCGUUAUCGUUAUCACUAUGAAUGACUUUAGUAAAGAAUCAGGUAAUCUGUAAUGAAAUAUUUAGAUCAAAAACAAUCCUGAAGAAAAAUGAAAUCCUCAAAGGUGGACCUAAAAAUGUGUGGUGUUUGUGGUGACAAAGCUCUUGGACACAAUUUUAACGCAAUAACAUGUGAGAGCUGUAAAGCAUUUUUUAGAAGAAAUGCUCUUAUUAAAAAACCUCUCAAAUGCCCAUUUAACAAUCAAUGUGAUAUUACUACAAUAACAAGAAGAUUUUGCCAAAAAUGUAGGUUGGAUAAGUGUUUUUCAAUUGGAAUGUGUAAGGAUUUAAUAAUGUCUGAAAAAGAUAAAGUAGCAAAACGACAGAAAAUUGAAGAGAACAAAGUAAAGAAGCAAAGUAUGGGCAAAUUUAAAUCAAACUUUAAAAAAAUCAAACAAGAAUUUAUCGAGGCUGAUUCACAAGAAAUCGAAUCUCAGUACAACACAGAUUCAGAUUCUAAUCAUACGAAUUUAGACCAAUGUUCACCUCAAAACAAUCAAGUGACUAAUGAUCCUAAAGUUUCUAUAGACUCUACAGAGAAUAAUAGUAUAUCUUCACCAAAUGAUAGAUAUCAUCAAGUUUCAUCUAGUGAUGAUAUACCUACAUUUAAAAACGUCUUCGAUGCAUCAGAUCUCAUUGAUAAAAUUGUAAAAGACACUAAUUUUAAUUGUGACCUAAAUUUAAAUGCUGCUAAUAGUAAUGGUUUGAGUCAAAACAAUAUAAGCUGUACCAGUGAAAUAAAAAACUCAAGUAAUCAUAGAAACUUAGACAAUUCAGAAGAAAUUUCAUCUGUUGAAAAUAUUUCUAGUGUUAUGAAUGAUGUGCAAAGCGUGCAAUCGGAUGAUCGCAGCAAUCCUAUUGAAUCGAUUUUAUGUGAAGCAAUAAAAUUAGAAUUCCAAGCGUUUUCUUCAAUGUCCCAAAGUCCUUCUAAUUCCAGGGAAUUAAACGAUGCAGAACGAGCAAAAUUGAAUGAACUGAUCGUUGCAAAUAAGGCUUUUCUCACACCUGUCGAUGAAGACUUUCAACAUUUGAUCGCUAUGGCGAACAUGAAGCCUCAACAAAAAACCGAUUCGGCACCCGCUGCUUUGGUUGACGUCAUCAAUUUGACAACAAUUUACGUUAGAAGAUUGAUAAAAAUGGCCAAAAAGAUAGGUGCAUUUAGAAACAUGUGUCAAGAAGACCAAGUGGCAUUAUUGAAAGGUGGUUGUACAGAAAUGAUGAUGCUCAGAAGUGCCAUGUAUUAUGAUUCAAAGAAACACAGUUGGCAGAUUCCACAUUCUGUCGAAACUCUCAGCGUCAAUGUCGAUGUAUUGAAGUUGGCAAAAGGAAAUAUUUAUAAGGAGCACGACAGGUUCAUAAAAACUUUCAGUCCCUUGUGGAAAGAAGACGAAAAUAUUAUUUUAAUCUUAUGUAUGAUACUUUUAUUUUCUCCUGAUCGGCCUACAAUUGUUCAUCAAGAUGUGAUAAAACUAGAACAGAAUGCUUAUUACUACCUCCUACGAAGAUAUCUCGAAAGCAUUCAUCCGGGAUGCGAAGCGAAAUCGACAUUUUUAAAAUUAAUGCACAAACUCUCAGAACUCCGAAGGGUGAAUGAAGAAUUAAUUAGCGUUUAUUUAAAUAUCCAUCCAUCGCACGUGGAGCCUUUGUUAAUAGAAAUACUCGAUUUGAACAAAAAACGGGUUCAGUCGUAAUGUCGAUAGGUUGUUUUAGAAUGUCUACGUUUGCAAUAAAUCAAUAUGAAUAUUAUAAAAACGUUGUUAAAUUUAACACAUUAGAUCAUCAUCGGUAGCUAUAGUUUGAAAACUACAUAGUUGAAUAUGUAACUGAAGAAUUUAAAACAAAGACGUUACCAAAGCUGUAUCGUAGUUGGCUUCGAAAAACAAGUAGUACUUCCGGACGCCAACUGUGAGGUAUCUCAUAUUUUCUUUCCAGGUUCUCUAUCGAUUUUUAAAAAUUUUAAACAGAAUUUUUGAUCUAUAAACUUUAUCUUUUGCUAGAUUUUAGAUCCUAAUCCUAAAAAACAAUCACAUUGUGCCUGUGAAGACAUGGUUUGGUAUUAGGCAUUCCAACGACAUCUCAAAAUUGCUGUCUUAGAGCUUUGACAGGGUCAAUGAUAUUAUAGUUAAAUAAGUUGCUCAAAGCGAACGGCCAUAUAAUGGGAGGUGAAAAUUUGUUUAAUAGUAUGUAUAUAUUUUUUUUAUUAUUUAAAGUUUGAAAUAUAAAAAUUUGAAAUACAGCUACUGAUUAAAAAUCAAAAAUGAUGUUUCAUGGUUUUUGGAUUUCACAUUUUAAGAGGGGAAAACGGGGGUAAAAAUUUGUAUAGAAGUAUAAAUGUUUUGAACGUUGGAACUUGAAAAUAAUAAUUGUAGCAUAAAUAAAUAAUGACGUGCUCUGUGGUUUUUAGAUUUUUGUAUGGUAGUAUCAUAAAAAUAAACUAAAAUUGAAUAAAAAAAAUAAUUAUUAAAAAUUAAGGGGGUCCCCUAGUUUCUCGGUUGUUUUUCUACGGCUUUUUCAAUAAUUUUUUACGGACGAACCAUCGAAAUAACAAAUCUCAUUGUUUUUACAUAAUCUUUAAUAACAUUUAAGUGAGCUUUACAAAUUUUUUGAAGACAACAUAUAUAAUAGAAUCUAAGUUAUAGUGGCUGACAGGAAGACAUCAAGUGAAGGAGAUGCUUGACGGUGACAAAGAUUGCGGCUGUUUUGCUUAUCUAAAAUCAAAAAACCAAACGGCCUUUUAAUCUUUAUAUUUAAGACUAGCGAUUGAACCAGAAUGAAUUCUAAAUUACAAAAAUUUAUUUUUUUUAUACACUUUUGAAAAUUAAAUUCAAUUUUUUACUCAUUUUUUCUUAAGUUUCUAGCUCGUAGAAAAAAAACUAUCAAAGCAAUCAUCAUAAUCCUAGUUCAAUCGCUGGCUUAAACAUAUUAAAGAUGUCGUAUAAAUGUGAACAAUAUCGGUGCAGUAGUUUCUGAAAUAUCGUGGUCACCAUCAAGCACCUCCUUCACUUCUUGUCGGCCACUAUAACUUUGAUUCUAUUAUAUAUUUUGUCUUCAA